UGCUGUUUGCAUUUAAACACUUGGAAAAGAAAGAGACCAGACAGAGUUUGAAGGACAUGAUGAUGGUCAUCAGAGCUGUGUUGUUGCUGGCAGUCACCACUCUGGUAACUGGAGCAAGAAAAAACAAGGUGGUGUCAGUGAAGUUAGACUCCUUGAGUGGAUGUAAAGGAAAGUCUAUAAGGGUUUUACUGGAUUCCACAGAGCCGCAGAUCAACAGCAAACCAACAAGAAUCAUCGCGAACACAUCGGUGUCACCCUGGACUUACAGAGAGUCCUUGGUACCGUCUCGGAUUCCACAGGUGAUCUCCGAGGCCGAGUGUCUGACCUCUGCCUGUAUCGGUCUGCGAGGCGGUGCAGAGGAUGCAGGCUUGAUGGCUGCGCCCAUCAGGUACCAGAUCUUGGUUCUGCACAGGGUACCAAAAAAGAGCCAGCGUGGGAAGGGGAAGAGGAAACAACAGAGCUAUAAUUUGAGAUUGGGAGUAAAGGCGAUUACAGUGGGAUGUACAUGUGUCAGACCCACUAUUGUCUCACAAAACUAA